CAGGGUCUGGGCCAUGGGGCCCCGAGCCCUGCUCCUGCUGCUCUCGGGGGCCCUGGCCCUGACCGAGACCUGGGCGGGCCCACACAUCCUGAGAUAUUUUUGCACCUCUAUGUAUGGACCCGGGAAGUUCCGGCACGUCAUAGUCGGAUAUGUGGACGACACGGAGGUCAUGUGGUUCGACAGCAACCACCCGAACCCGGUGGCACAGCCACGGGUGCCAUGGAUGGAGCAGCCGUGGGUGCAGGAGGAGGAUCCAGAUUUUUGGGAGGAGCAGACUCGGGCCGGCAAGCAGUGCGCACAGUUUUCCCGAGCAAAACUGAACAACCUGCGCGCCUACUACAACCAGAGCGAGGACGGGUCUCAUACCUUUCAGAUGACUUCUGCCAGUGUCCUGGGGUCAGGCGGGCGCUUCCUCAGCGGGUACGCUCGGUACGCCUACGAUGGCACCGAAACCUUCACCCUGAACUUGGAGCUGAGUUCCACCAACGAAGCCAACAAGACCGUCCAGAUCAGCGUCGGGCGCGAUCUCUUGCAUCAAGAUGAUGUGGAGAGUUGGAGGCCGCUCCUGGAGCACACUUUCCCAAACCGGCUCCGCCUGCUCCUGAAGAAGGGGGAGGAGACCCUGCUCCGAGCAGUCCCUCCAAAGACACACGUGACCCACCAUCCCAUCUCUGACCAGGAGGUCACCCUGAAGUGCUGGGCCCUGGGCUUCUACCCUGCUGACAUCACCCUGACCUGGCAGCGUGAUGGGGAGGACCUGACCCAGGACAUGGAGCUUGUGGAGACCAGGCCUGCAGGGGACGGGACCUUCCAGAAGUGGGCAGCUGUGGCCGUGCCCCCUGGAGAGGAGCAGAGAUACACAUGCCAUGUGCAGCACCAGGGGCUGCCUGAGCCCCUGACCCUGAUAUGGGAGCCCCCUCCUCAGACCACCAUCACCAUCAUGGGCAUUGUGGGCAUUGCUGCUGCCCUGGGUCUCCUUGGAGCUGUGGCUGCUGGAGCUGUGAUGUGGAGGAGGAAGUGCUCAGGCAGAGGCAGGAAGAGCUACACCAAGGCUGCCUGCAGUGACAGUACCCAGGGCUCUGAUGUGUCUCUCACAGCUCCUAAGGUGUGAGAAAGCUGUCUUGUAGGGGACUUGGCACUAAAGCAGGCACUGCAGCCUCCCCUUGGGGCUUUAAGGAUCCAUGACUGCUGUUUCUGCAACUGGCAUCACAAUACAUCUGCAUCCUUAUCAGCUUCAUUGGAGGAGCUGGCCACCAGGUCACCCCCCUGAAGGGACCUGUGUUGUCUCCCCUGGGGACUGACCUGUUGUAGCAUUGCUGUGGUUUUGCCAACCCAUCCUGGUCUUUUCUCAGUGGGGUCUCCUUGUUGCUCCUUUGUUGUUGUUGCUUCAGGGGAACCUUGUCCCACCAGGACCUGGUUUCACAGGGACGUGAGUGUCACCCGGGCCUUGUCAUGGCUCCAGGACUGUGCUCAGUGAGGGCUUCCUGUGGACACAUGAGCCUGGGCUCAUCCUGGGUCUGGCCCACAGCCCCUGUGUUUUGGGUAUUUGUUGUUUCUUUGUUUUUGUAGAUAUUGUACCUACUUUUCUUUUCUUAAUUAACUUAUGAGGGUUUUUUUUUUUUACUAAAUGUAUUAGGCUGGCUUGGUUACUGGGACCCUGUAGGUUUCCCUUGUAUAUUUCUAUGAUAUUGUACAAUGAGGAGUCACUCAACCAGUGGUUUUCGAGUCCUGGGUAAAUGACGCUCCAUUUUUACAUCUGGGAUCCAGACAUUCCUUGGAGGUAUUUUGGUUUCGCGUCCAGAUGAACUCAGUAAAGCAACUACAGCAAUAAAGCAAGUCACACAGAUGUUUUGGUUUCCCUGAGCUAAUCAUGUUAGGCUUAUGAUACAUGUAGUCUACUAAAUCUUAAAUAGUAUUAUGCCUAAAAACAAAUGUACAUGCCUUUAUUAAAAUAUAUUUUGUUAAUCAAAAUG